AGCGUACUACUUCUCUUUCCGGUUUUAACUUUCGACAACUCAGGGAGUAAUGCUACAGUGAGAGAGAGUGUAUAGUCCCACUACCAACCCUCAACUCUCACACUUUCACUUCCACCCAGCCAACAGAGAAUUAGAGAGAGCGCCUUUUUUCUUUUUCACUCAUUUAAUGCUUCUCAUCGACAAAGCGUGAAGCCUCUCCCUUCUUCUCCUUUAUAAUUUUUUUUGUCAGGGACUCAUCAAAAUCCUUCACACUAAAAAUCAAUCAUUUCGUAAAAUUUUAUUUACUGAGUGAGUCUGAAAGAAAUGGAAUUGAGUAAGGUGACAUUAGAGAUCUUUACGAAGCUGGAGCAGAAAUGGUUGUCGCACUGUGAAACCACCAAGAAGAGUCGAGUUCUUAGCAUCGAUGGUGGAGGAACUACCUGCAUUGCUGCUGGCACUGCUUUAAUCCACCUUGAGGACCAGAUCCGUCUCAAAACCGGUGAUCCUGGCUGUCGAAUCGCUGAUUUUUUCGAUAUUAUUGCUGGCACUGGCAUUGGAGCUCUCCUUGCGUCCAUGCUUACUGCCGAUGAUGGCUCUGGCCGUCCUCUCUUCACCGCAAGAGAUGCUGUUGAGUUGAUCACUAGCAGAAACUCUGAACUCUUCAGGGUUAAAUUCUCCGGAGUUCUUCGCCGCCAACAGAGAUUCUCCGGCAAGAGCAUGGAUAAGGUUUUGAAGGAAAUCUUUAAGAGAAUUGACGGCACUGACCUUACUCUGAAAGACACGUGUAAGCCACUUCUUGUUCCAUGCUUUGACUUGAAAACUUCGGCUCCCUUUGUCUUCUCCCGCGCCGACGCGUCUGAGUCGCCGAGUUUCAAUUUCGAACUCUGGCAAGUAUGCCAUGCUACAUCAGCGACGCCGAGCUUGUUUAAACCGUUCUCUUUAACGUCUGUCGACGGAAAAACCACUUGCUCGGCCGUUGACGGCGGUUUGGUGAUGAAUAAUCCAACGGCAGCAGCAGUUACUCACGUGCUGCACAACAAGCGCGAUUUUCCGUCAGUUAACAGCGUGGAGGAUCUGCUAGUUCUUUCUUUGGGUAACGGUUCGCUAAUGAGUAGAUCGUGUGGUGGGAAACUCCGUCAAAACGGCGAGUGCUCCACGUCAUCGGUGGUUGACAUUGUUCUUGAUGGAGUGUCGGAGACCGUAGACCAAAUGUUGGGGAACGCUUUUCGUUGGAAUCGUUCUGACUACGUUAGAAUUCAGGCAAACGGUUUAAUGAGCGAAGGCGUGGUGGGUCCAAGAAUGGAGGAAGAAGUGCUGAAAGAGAGAGGGGUGGAGUCGUUACCGUUUGGCGGGAAGCGGUUACUGACGGAGACUAACGGCCAGAGAAUCGACAGCUUUGUGCAACGCCUUGUUGCAUCAAGGAAGACCAGUUUACCACCCAGUCCCUGCAAGGAAUCCGCCGUCAGCCCUCUCGCUAACGGCCGUUAACUAGUAUUUUAAUUUUUUUUGGUUAACCAUUUUGUAAGUUGUAAUCAAUAUCUUGUACUUUUUUUUUAGUUAACCAUCAUCGUUCUUUGAGUUUAAUAGCAACUAAUAACUAUUACCACUUUAA